CCUGUGGUGUCCAAACAUGGGGACGUUACUCUGGGGGGGCUGUUCUCUCUUCACGAUGCAGUGAGGGAGACUCGGCUCUCUUUUACUGCUCAGCCCGAACCGGCUCAGUGCACUGGUUUUAACUUCCGGACCUUCCGUUGGAUGCAGACUAUGAUCUUUGCGAUAGAAAAGAUAAACAGAGAUGAAGCGCUUUUACCCAACAUCACCCUGGGUUAUAAGAUCUACGACUCCUGCAGCAACCCUCUUCAUGCCCUGCGCACUGCCAUGGACCUGAUCGGGGGUAAAGAAAACAGUAGUGGGGGUGCAGACUGUCGGGGCGUGGUGCCAGCUGUGAUCGGUGACGGGGGAUCCACCCUGUCUAUGGUGGUCGCACAUUUUAUAGGUGUUUUUCAGUUACCACAGGUCAGUUAUUUCUCCAGCUGUGCAUGUCUGAGCGAUAAGAAGGUGUUUCCCACCUUCCUCAGGACCAUGCCCAGCGACUUCUUCCAGGUGAAUGCCCUGGCACAGCUGGUGCAGCACUUCGGCUGGACCUGGGUGGGAACCGUAGCGGGGGACGACGCGUACGGUCGUGGAGGAGCCCAGAUCUUCAACGACAAAGUGACCAAAUUGGGAGCGUGCGUUGCUUUUUAUGAGAUCAUUCCUAAAAACCACGCUCCGGCCGAGAUGUCCAGAAUCGUCGGGCGCAUCCGGGGCUCGGGCGCUCGUGUGGUGCUCGUGUUCGCUUUAGAACAAGACGCAAAAGCUCUGUUCACCGAGGCUCUCAGACAGAACCUGACCGGGAUCCAGUGGCUGGCCAGCGAGGCCUGGAUUACGGCAGCGGUCCUGACCACGUCAGAGUUCCGGACCAUCCUGCAGGGAUCCAUGGGCUUUGCCAUUCGCAGGGUGGAGAUGCCCAGUUUGCAGCCAUUCCUGCUGCGUCUGAACCCCUUCACCUCCUCCGGCGAUUCCUUUGUUUCGGAGUUCUGGGAGGAGAUGUUCGGAUGCUCGCUCCACACCCCGGCCGGGGGGCAGAGCUCGAGUAAACCCCCCUGUAAGGGCUCGGAGGAUCUGGCUCACGUCAGGAGCUUAUACUCCGAUGUGUCUCAGCUGAGGAUCUCGUAUAACGUCUAUAAGGCGGUGUACGCUAUUGCACAUGCUCUGGAUGCCAUGCUGAAGUGUGUGCCAGGGAGGGGACCCUUCUCAGAGGGGGGCUGCCCCGACCCCCACAGCAUAAAACCAUGGCAGCUCCUGCACUAUCUGAAGCAGGUCGACUUCACCAACGAAUACGGCGAGCGAACCAAGUUCGACGAGAACGGCGACGCGGUGGCCAUGUACGACCUGAUCAACCUCCAGAUCUCACAGAGUGGUGAGGUCCAGUACGCCACUGUGGGCACGUUCGACGAAACCAAAAGCUCCAAGCUGGUGAUCGAGGAGAAGCAGAUCAUCUGGAACGAUAAUCAGACACGAGUCCCCGUGUCUGUCUGCAGCAGCAGCUGCCCCCUGGGCACCAGGAAGGCCAUCAGGCCCAGUUUUCCCGUCUGCUGCUUUGAUUGCGUUGUCUGUGCAGCUGGGGAGGUUAGCAAUCAGACAGAUGCCAUAGAGUGUGUAACAUGUGGUCCUGAGUUCUGGUCCAACCUAAAGAGAGACGCCUGUAUACCCAAGCUGGUGGACUUCCUGUCCUACACCGACACCAUGGGCGUGGCCCUGCUGGCUGUGGCGCUGCUGGGAUCCUGUACGACACUCGCAGUCGGGCUCAUUUUCACCCAUAAGCGCCACACGCCCCUCGUCCGGGCCAACAACUCGGAGCUCAGCUUCCUCAUCCUCAGCUCUCUGUGGUUGUGCUUUCUGUGCGCUCUGACCUUCAUUGGGCAGCCGACGCCCUGGUCGUGCCAGCUGCGCCACACGGCGUUCGGUAUUGCCUUCUGUCUCUGCCUCUCCUGCAUCCUGGGAAAGACGAUGGUGGUCCUGAUGGCGUUUAAAGCCACGCUGCCGGGCAGCAACGCCAUGAAAUGGUUCAGACCCCCUCAGCUCCGCGCCCUGAUCUUCCUCUGUACGGCGGUGCAGAUCGGGAUUUGUGGGGCGUGGCUGGGUCUGGCGCCUCCCGUCCCGCGCAGGCUGAUGACCCGGGAGUCGGCACACAUCAUCCUUCUGUGUGAUAUGGGUUCAACUCUUGCUUUCUCUCUGGUCCUGGGCUACAUCGGCCUGCUUGCGGCCAUCUGCUUCCUGCUGGCUUUCUUCGCCCGGAAGCUUCCGGACAAUUUCAACGAGGCCAAAUUCAUCACCUUCAGCAUGUUGAUCUUCUGCGCCGUGUGGAUCGCCUUCGUCCCGGCGUACGUCAGCUCUCCGGGGAAGUACACCGUAGCCGUGGAGGUCUUCGCCAUCCUGGCGUCCAGUUACGGACUCCUGCUGUGUAUAUUCGCUCCCAAGUGCUACAUCAUUCUACUCAGACCAGAGAAGAACACCAAAAAACAUCUGAUGGGCAAAACAUAA